AUGUCGUUGCAGCUGUCCCUGCAGAAGAAUGGUCACCACUCGUGCGGAGCGUCCAUCCUCAGCGACUACUGGGCGCUGACUGCGGCUCACUGCGUUUACGCACUUGUUAGUGGCACCGUUCUGGAGUUGCUAUCAGGCACCAUCACUCUGGACGAGGGAGGCACCCGCCACUCCGUAACGUCCAUCGUCAUCCACCCGCAGUACGAUGAGUCCGACUCCUGGGUCAACGAUGUCGCAGUGCUUAGGGUGUGGAUGCCGUUCCCGCUGAACGGUGAGACAGUGGCGCCGAUCCAGCUGCCUGCGCAGGGAGAGGACACACCUGCCGGAUCGCCAGUCACCGUGGUCGGUUGGGGGCGCCUCUCGUUCGACGGGAACAUCUCGAACAGCCUGCAGAAGGUGGACAUCGAGGUGUGGGACCGGGAGCUGUGCUCGUCGCUCUUCGAGGACGGCUUUCAGUCUCCGGUCUACCCCACGCAGAUCUGCGCUGCUGGCGUCGACGAACGGGGAUCGUCUUGUGACGGCGACUCUGGAGGCCCCCUGCUGCAUGAGGGCGUCGUCGUGGGGCUGGUGUCGUGGUCCUACCGCUGCGCCACCCCUCCCUACCCCACAGUCUACACCAGGGUCUCCAGCUACGUCGACUGGAUCAGCCAGCAGAUCGGCGUCUGA